AUGAAGGAUUUUAGCAGAAGUGCUUGCUUGGAGCUCAUAGAAUCAUGCUCCAGCCUUAGAGCAGCCACGAAGAUCUACACCAGUCUCCAAUCUUGUCUUGGACGUGACGAUGCAUUUGUGCAUGACAGGCUCAUCGACAUGUUUGGAAGAUGUGGCAGCGUCGGUGAUGCUAGAUCAGUCUAUGAAUCCAUGGCAGUGGUAAGUGAUCACACCUCUUACCAGAUGCUCAUCGUCUACACCAGAAACGACAAAAUUGAGGAUGCCAAGGGCUUCUUUGAUUCGCUGCCGGUUAAAACUCUGAUGGUCGUGACAACUUUGCUCGUUGCAUAUGCCCAUUCUGGGUAUCUUGAUGACGCAAAGAGGUUGUUUGAUGAGGCUCCUCUCAGGGAUUUGAUCCUCUGGAACUCAAUGCUCGCAGCCUUUUGCCAGAAUGUGGAUCAAUUAGAUGGUCUGUUUAUUGAGAUGCCCGAGCGCGACGUUAUCUCGUGGACGUCUUUGUUAGGAGCCUAUGCCCGAAACGGGCAUAGGGACAAAGCAUGGAAGGCUUUUUGUGAUAUGCCUCAGAGAAACAUAGUUUCUUACAAUUCUAUGUUAGAUUGUUUUGCAUCGUCAUUUUUACAAUAUAAUUUAGAAAAAAUGCUGUACGAAAUGCCCGAAAGAGAUAUAACUUCGUGGAACACCGUCAUUGCAGCAUUUGCCCAAGAUGGGCAUAUUAAUAAAGCUGAGACUAUCUUCUUUAGCAUGCCCGAGCGCGACCUUGUCACCAUGAACUCAAUGCUGAAUGCCUAUGUUUUACAUCACAUUGUCUCCAAAUCCAAAAGAGUUUUCGAAAUUAUGCCGGAAAGAAACGCUCUCUCCUGGAACUCGAUGCUCACUGCGUACUCUCAAAACGGAUAUCUUGAGGAGACCCAGCAAAUGUUUCGGGAAAUGCCCGUUCGAGACACCAUCUCAUGGAACUGCUUGCUAGCAGCGUUUGCUCAGGCGAGAUGUAUCCACAAUGCCAAGAAAACCUUGCUUGAAAUCCCCUACAAGAAUACAGUGUCAUGGACGACAAUGCUGGUCACUUAUGCUCGGCACGGAAAGAUCCAACAGGCGAGACAGAUCUUUGAUGAAAGCCCAGACCCCGACGUUGUUCUUCACAGUGCAAUGGUCGCAGCUUACCACCACAAUGGCUUCCUUGACGAUGCUCUUCACGUCUUCCACUUGCAAAGGCUCACUCAACUUCCAGACCAAGUUUCCUUCGCGUUAGUUCUUCCAGUUUGCAACCACGGAGGAAAACUCUACGAUGGAAUGUGCCACUUCGUCUCCAUGGUCACGGAUUUUGGUCUCACUCCCACGAAACAACACUACUGUUGCGUGGUCGACUUGCUUGCCCGCUCUGGUCACUUGGCUUCGGCUGUGGAGCUCGUCGAAACCAUGCCCUUUGUAGCGGACGUUCUCGAGUGGACGUGUGUUCUUGGUGCCAGCCGAUUCCACGGUGACCAAGACCGUGCCUAUCUCGCAGCCCAGCGGUUGAUCGAGCUGGAUCCACAAAACUCGAGAGCUUACGUGAUGGCUAGAAACAUCACCUCGUCUCGUGGAGACGAUCACGGUUAA